UGACCAUCCGCGACAAAUUCAAAUGUCAUUAAACUAGUAUUUACACGAUAUUAACAAGUUUCAAAUCAGUUUUAUCGAGUCCAUUCAUUCUCCUGAGACUUUUGUACUCGGCCACUGCUCACAAAGAUGUGCAACGGGUACAUCAGGGUGUUGGUGCAGGUGCUAUGUGCCCAUCUCCUUUGUGGAUGGGUGCAUGGCUCCGAGCUUACCUUCGAGUUACCAGACAACGCUAAACAGUGUUUCUACGAGGAUAUCAUAAUCGGCACAAAGUGUACCCUUGAGUUUCAGGUAGUAACUGGGGGGCACUACGAUGUUGACUGUCGCCUGGAGGAUCCAGACGGGGCGGUACUCUACAAAGAAAUGAAAAAGCAGUAUGACAGCUUUACAUUCAACGCUCCCAAAAACGGCACUUACAAGUUCUGCUUCAGCAAUGAGUUCUCCACCUUUACACACAAGACGGUUUAUUUUGACUUUCAAGUUGGUGAUGACCCUCCUUUAUUUCCCAAUGAAAACAGAGUGACUGCUUUGACUCAGAUGGAGUCUGCUUGUGUCUCCAUCCACGAAGCCUUGAAGUCAGUGAUUGACUAUCAAACACACUUCCGCCUGCGGGAAGCACAGGGUCGCAGCCGGGCAGAGGACCUCAACACCAGAGUGGCUUUCUGGUCUAUCGGAGAGGCCGUUAUCUUGUUGGUGGUCAGUAUUAGCCAGGUCGUGUUGCUGAGGAGCUUCUUCUCCGAUAAGAAGACAACAACAACUCGCGUUGGAUCGUAACAUCCUGGAGAGAUCAUCCUAUUUCAUUCUGAGUCACUUGCAUAAAGGACUUCACAAAGGUCCACCCCAAGAGUAGUUCAUUUUCCCUUUGUUGGACUCCAUUCACAGAAAUUCUGUUAUGUUAAUACAAAAAAAAAAACACCAUUACGAUAUGAUUUUGCUUAUCUUAGCCCUGUGGAUAAAUUUAGGUUCCAUAUCCAGUUAAGAGUAUUUUCAGUGCUCAUGUGUGAACUACUUAAUUUAUUAUGUGGGUUUGUGAUGUAUUUUUACACUGUUUACCUGAAUGUAAGAAAAUAUCGCUAGGGUUUAUUGAAGGUGUAAUUGCAGAUGUGCUUAGGACACAAGUGCCCAGUCUUCCUCCUGGAGAUCUACCCUCCUACAAAAUGCUUUCUGCUGCCUGAAUCCAUCACACCCAAUCUGGAUAAUCAAGUCCCUCAAGAGAAUAUGAAUAUUAGAGCCUGGUGUAGGUAAAUAAGAGUGCUGUUAAAUUUUGCAGGAUGGUAGAUCUCCAGGAGGUGGAUUCGGAACUCCUGACCAAGGGACUAUAGUCAUUCAAGUUAUGACAGAGUUUGCAGACUGUAGCUAUACCUCUUCUUCACAGAGUGAUCACAGAACACAAACUUGGGCUUUUUUUUUUUUUUUUCUUCUUUUAAGAUUCAAAUAUCAAAUGAACCAAAAUAAACACCACUAUUCAUUACAUAUAUAAGUUAACCAAGAGGGAGCAUAUUCCCACUGUUAGUCUUAUUGAGAGCAGAGACUAUUGGCAGGAUCUUUGCUUCUAUGUGUUAUAUUUUAAUUUGGAUUCAUUAUGCAAGUUCUUUUUCUUUGUACAUAUGACAAAUUAAGCCCGUAGUAUGACUUUUGCAAAGGCACUGUCUUAAUGUCUUUUAUACUAGAAAUUGUUUUAAUAGAAUGAGGUUUUGGUUUAUGUAUCAAAAUGAAUUAGUUCUGCUCAGUCAUUAGCUUGUUGGCACCACUAAGGAAUAUUUUUCCUUAUUUGUGUGACUGAAUAAAUGCUUUGGUGAAUCUUUUGGUUUUGUUACCUCUGUAUGCAUUAGGGUAAUUGGGGGCUCUAUAAUAAUUUGAUUUGAUUGAAAAUUAGAUCAGUGUAAUUCCACGCCUUCUCCGCUAGUUUUGCUUCAGGUGGCUUAAACUUGGGUCCGAUUGGCCUGCGUUGGUUGAGCUAAAAUAUAGUACCAUCUCUUAAAUACGCAAUCUUUCACGAAGCCUGUACUGUAUUGAUAAGCUGAAUUACAUGGCUCUGAUAUUAAUAUACCAUAAUUCCUUAAACAUGUAUAUUCUUGGAAAUAUCCCAAUCUCCUUUGUAACUAUACAUGCAGAGUGUAUCAGGUUUUUGAUAUUUAGCAAAUCAGCUACUGUUACGGAUUUAGAUUCCUCACUUGGUGCUGACAAGCCACACAGUUUAGCCCAAGAAGGCAGCAAUGUGUAAAUGUUUGUUAAUGAAUAUGUAGAGGAUAGCGAGCCGACUGCUUUGAGUAAUUGUAUGUUUUCUGUUACAGGUGUGGCUCGUGGUUUUGUUCUGACAGUCUGUUAAUACUUUUCUAUUUUUGUUGAUAGUACCAAUGCCUUUGUUGUAGGCCUGUUCAGUAUUUAUCAACAGUGUAGAGGUACAGGAUGGGCUAUAGAAAACAGAAGACAUUCUUUAUUCUUCUUUAUUCUUUUUUCUGUAAUUUGAACAGAUUUCACUGAAGGUUCUGAUUGUUUACAGCACACAACUGCUAUGUAUGUGAGUUGGUGGUAAACAGUAACUACUAAAACAUUUUCAUGAUGAAUUAUUCAUGAUUUGGAAUGAAUACACUGAAUUUCGGUUAUUUCGCUGAGAUUAAACACAAUCUACAGGUU